UUUAAAUUUACUAUUCGAUGAAGCAUUCCGUUCUGUCAAAUGGAUUUUGUGUACUUUAAAUUUCGUUUCAUACAAUAAACAGAUACACUUUUCUUGAGGCACAUGCCCCGAAAACAAUUUAAAGAAAACUAAACAGACAUAAAAAGGACAAAAUGUCGAUAGAACUGAAGUCUGUAAAAAAUAAAGGGGAAGACAACCCUGCUUUCGUCAAUGAGGACCCCAAAGGAAACUCAAAAGAUACUGACCAAAAGGGGGAGCCAAACGGGAGAAACAACUCUCAAAAAGAUAUACCACUGAACGAAAGUGACGUUAUAUUAACGGUAGAAGAAGAAGAAGACGAUGACGACGAGAAAAUGGGCGCCUGCGCACAAGUAGUCUUCAUGGUGCAAACAGCCGUCUAUAAAUUCAUCAACGAUAAUUGGCGUGAAAUCGUUUUUGUAUUCUACAUUUGUCUCAUCACAGGAUAUUUUGUCUAUUUUGCCUUUGCUAUUGUAAAGACCUUUGACAUUGACAGGGAGCCCUCAGUUCGUUUAUUAGUGUGCACCAUUUUUGGAGUGUUUUUAUUAAUGAUGAUUAUCUUCUUCAAAUUAUUUGGUACCCAAAUGGACAAUUUUUAUAACAAUCGAAUUGAACCUCUUCUCAACUCUAAUGGCGGAAGGAUGUUCAGUAAAAUCGUAUCAUGGUUUUUGAAGAUUGCCGCCUUUCUUGCUAUUGUGGUUUACGUAAUCAUAGACGUCGCUAUUGAUCAUCCACAGAACCUUAUGUCUGUCGCCGGACUUGCUCUCUACGUCAUCAUUUUCUACGUGUUCUCCAAGAAUCCGGCAAAAGUGAAGUGGCACCCUGUGUUCUGGGGUAUUGCUUUGCAGUACAUCUUCGCCUUGAUUAUUCUGAGAUGGGAGUUUGGAUACAACGUGUUUAAAUACCUUGGAGAUCGUGUCACGGAGUUCUUAGCCUACUCAGAUGAUGGCGCCUUAUUCAUGUUUGGUUCGCCCCUAGAAGUUCACUUCUUUGCUUUUAAGGUUUUACCCCUGAUUAUAUUCUUCUAUGCCAUGAUUUCUGUCCUGUACUACCUAGGAGUAAUGCAGGCAGUGAUUAGAGUUAUCGGACGUGGCCUGGCUUUCCUGAUGGGGACAACACCAGCGGAGUCUCUCAACGCGGCGGGAAACAUCUUUGUAGGAAUGACAGAAUCCCCUUUGCUGAUCCAGCCUUUCUUGAAGGAUAUGACGAUGUCGGAGCUGCAUGCUGUUAUGGUGGGAGGAUUUGCAACUAUUGCUGGAAGUGUUCUCGGUGCUUACAUCAGCUUUGGUAUCCCUGCCAAUCAUCUGAUGUCGGCUUCUGUAAUGUCAGCUCCAGCCGCCCUAGCAAUGUCCAAGUUAGUCUAUCCUGAAGUGGAAAAACCUAAGUCGUCCAAGAAAGACUUCUACAAAAUGGGAAAAUCGUCAGACAGGAACAUAAUUGAGGCGGCAUCAUCAGGCGCCUUAAAUUCGAUCGGAGUUGUAGCAGCCAUUGCUGUAAACGUCAUGGCGUUCCUGUCAAUUCUGAAGUUUGUCAACGUUACCUUAACUUGGCUUGGAGAACAAGUCGAAAUAGAGGGAUUUACUUUUGAUUUCAUUUGUUCUUACCUGUUUUACCCCAUUGCAUAUUUCAUGGGAACAACACCCUCUGACUGCAGAUCACUGGGCCGACUGAUUGGUCUGAAAACUUUCACUAACGAGUUUGUUGCAUACGACGAAUUAUCAAAAAUCAUCAAGAAUAAAAACACAUUACAGAGCUACAUAAAUACUAACCAUACAGACUGGUUCUGGACUGGGGAUGAUAUCAUACUUCCACAACUGAACAGCACCAUUCUCAAAUACGGCAUAUUGGAGACCAGAUCCGAGGUUGUAGCAACAUACGCCCUCUGUGGAUUCUCAAAUUUUGGUUCUAUUGGGAUUCUUCUAGGAGGAUUAGGUGCCUUGGUUCCAUCUAGAAAAUCAGACUUAUCUAAGAUUGUUCUCAGCGCCAUGAUAGCUGGAAAUGCUGCCUGUUUUAUGACUGGAUGUGUAGCAGGUCUACUCUACAAAGACUAUUAAGACUAUGAAGACUCAUUAGAAACCAAGGAAAUCCAAAUUAUCUAGAAUUUGUUGAUUUGUAUUAUGUGUACUUGUUUUCAUAUCGUCAUCUUUAAGCACAAUCUUUCACAAUUAUGAAAAUGUUAUUCGAUAUAUCUUGACAUUCACCAGAUUGUUAUAUCAGUCAUCAGUCAUCAGUCAUAUAUGUAAUCAAGAAAAUAAUUCUAAAUUUUGAUAUUCAUAAUUUCAUUUUCUUGUCAUUGAGAUUUAGUAUAGAAAAAUGGUUUCUUUUUUCGAAAUACAUUUCUGAAAAACUUCUCUUUGCACUCAUCGACCACAUUUUAAGUACAUGUAUUUGUUCAUUGUUUAUAAACAAUAUGAAUUGAUUUAUACCAGGACACAGGAUAGAAGUAAAGAAUAAAUAAUGUAAAUCGAAUUUGUAUGUUGCCUUUCAUAUGCUAUAUACAUUAUACAUCAUAUGUAUCACUUUAAUCUAAAUCUAUUGAAACACCUGUCACUAGUAUAUGACUUUUUUCUGGCACUGCACGAUAACUUUUACUUGUUCUGCAAACAAAUUGCUUCAUCACUAUACCCAACCAUUGCAUGUCCAAUUAAUUGAUUAGUUUACCAAAUGAAUGUAAUUUUCUUUGUAUAAUGAAAUACAGAAAUAAACUCAUGUAUUUCGAAU